AUGGGCGCAAAACACGUUCCAGUAAACCGUGUGAACGUGGUGAAGGGAGAGGAUCCGCAGAACUACAAGCAAACAAUAAAGGACCCGCGCGCAGACAAAUGGAGGCAGGUCAUCAAAGAGGAGCUCGACACAUUGGAACAGAACGGCACGCCCAUGUGGAUGCAAGAAUACGGUGUAGAUCACACGUUCACGCUCUCAGCCGAACUAGAGUUAGUGUCCGGGAGAGUGAUACUGGUGGUGUCGCGUAUCUGGAAGGUGCCGGCACGUCACGGAUGUGUACCGAGUGCGUACGUGAAGGCCAAGAAAGAGGUCGAGCUGAUCAUCAUCCUGCUGAUCCCGCAGGGCAUGGAAUUUACGAAGGAGCAGCUCGAUGCACAGGGCGUCACGAGUAAGGACAAACUGGUGCUGAUCUUGGAGAAGGAUAGCUACGGGCUGAAUCAGUCGGGCCGAUUGUGCAACCACUUGCUACACAGUAUCUUAGUAACGCUGGGGUUCCAGCAGUGCUACACAGACAGGUUUUAUACAUCAAGAUCGAGAUGA